UAAACACCAACUAGAACUCUCAGUUUACCAUCUUAGAAUCAUCACCCACAACAUCGACAUCCAGAGGAAAGAAGUGGACGUUUUCUUCAAGAGUCAACUAGAAUUGGAUGUGUUUUUUAAAUUCACCAUGAAUACCAAGAUUGUGUCUCUCCUAGCUCUGGCGGCCCAGAUAUCCGUCGCAUCAGCACAGAAUGGUCUACUCCAGUGGGGCAUUGGGGUGAUGGUUGCCAUCAUCCUGGGCAUCGUGGUCGGUGCAAUACUGAUUUGUGUAUGCUGUGGAUGUAUGUGUUAUCACUGUUGCUGUAAGAGCUCUAAAACCACGAGUACUGUGGUAGUUGCAGCCGCACCACAACAGCCACAAACCCACGUGAUCAUGCAUGGGCAGCCCGGAUACGGUCAGCAGCCGCCCGCGUACGGUCGGCCUCAGCAGAAACCUUACGGUGUGACGUAUUAAGUGAGAGCCAUCAGACCGACCAUUCCGAUAACGGUCAGCAACCCGAUUACGGUCAGCAACCCGGUUACGGUCAGCAACCCGGUUACGGUCAGCAACCCGGUACCGGUUA